AUGUGGCCUUGGAGUAGCAGCGCGGACAAGCCUGUGGGCUCAUCCACUUCCCAGAAUGAGCCCGAGAGCGCGACAAAGGACGUGAAGAAGGCCGCCGCCGAGUUUGACCCUAGCAAGCUUCCCGACAAGCAGAAGCUGAACCCCAAGCUCCAGAAGAUCAUGGACAAGGAAGACCACGAAGACAACUUCUUCGACGAGCUCGUCGACGGCUACGCCCCGCCCUCGACCGACUCCAACGUGCGCUACGCCGCCUACGCGGCCCGCUUCCGAACCAUCCUCCUCUCGGCGCACCGCUACGUGGCCUACACCUCCGACAUUGGCGAGUCGUUCCGGCCCGUCGCGCACCCGUGGCUCGUGCGCGGCGCCUACGGCGUCUCGUGGGCCUACAUCCUCGGCGACGUCAGCUACGAGGGCUACAAGGCCUUCCUGCACAACCAGCGCGCCCUCAACCCGCGCCUCGAGCUCACCGCGCGCCAGCAAAAGAUCCUGGGGCUCGAGGAGGCGACUCCGCCGCCCACUGCUGCUGCUGUUAAGGAGACGGCGGCGCCUGCGUUGGGCGCGGGCGCGGGCGCGGUCGCGCCGCUGGACGAUUACCGCACCGUGAUGCUGCAGCGAGGCAUCUUCCAGAGCCUGGCGAGUAUGGUAUUUUCGAUAAACCGGUCGAGAACGCGGUCGAGUGGGCGUUCCAUAAGGGGUUUGAGGCGUAUGGUGGUCACCAGGCUGUGGGGGAUGCGCUGCUUAUUGGGAGGGAGAGGCAGUUGA